CUGUUACUUCUCCCAUCCGAAACCGUCUCUUCCCCUGCCUCUUCCAUAUCCGCCGUGACGCCAUUGCCCGUGCCGGACUCGCCAUCGCCCGUGUUGGACUCGCCAUCGCCCACACCGCCAUCCCCCGUGCCGGACUCGCCAUCGCCUGCGCCGCUAUCGCCCGUAGCCGGACUCGCCCUUGAUUACCAGAUCUGCCCCACCAACGCCUCGACAACACCGUCGUCACGCCCGUCCUAUCUCUUUCAACCGUCGAAGUUGGCGGAUCUCUACAACGUUGGCGGAUCUCUACAACGCCGCCGUGAUGUCGCCGCUGUAAUGCCGCCGCAUCAAUCUCUUCUACUCCAAUAUCUCUCUACGUUGGCGGAUGUCCAGAUCUCCCAAUCAAAUCUAGUCACAAAGAGAGCUGUUACAGGAGCGGAGGAGGGGAAGAAUCUUCUGGUGAUGUUGUCGAAUCAUUUGCAGAAUGGGAUUGAGACCGCUAAUCAGUUAUGGUCUCGGAUACCUAACUCGGAGGACGGGGAGGUCGAUGGAGCUACGCUAUUGAGCACCAGCGAUGGCGGGAAUGUUGAAAGCCUUGAUUAUGAAGUAAUUGAGAACUAUGAGUAUCGAGAAGAGCAGGCGCAGAGAGGGAAGCUGUACGUUGGAUUCUAUGUAGUUGUGAAGUGGUUCUUUGCUUUGCUUAUUGGAAUUGGUACUGGAUUGGCAGCUGUUUUCAUCAAUAUAUCGGUUGAGAACUUUGCUGGCUGGAAGUUCUCACUGACGUUUGCUAUAAUACAGAAGUCAUAUUUUGCUGGCUUCAUAGUAUAUGUACUAAUCAACCUGGCUUUAGUUUUUUCAUCUGUAUAUAUCAUCACCCACUUCGCACCUGCUGCAGCAGGAUCUGGUAUCCCUGAGAUUAAAGGUUAUUUAAAUGGGGUCGACACCCAUGGUAUUCUACUCUUCAGAACCUUGAUUGGAAAGAUAUUUGGAAGCAUUGGCUCUGUUGGAGGUGGUCUUGCUUUGGGCAAGGAAGGUCCUCUCGUUCAUACUGGUGCUUGCAUAGCUUCAUUGUUUGGACAGGGUGGAACUACAAAAUAUCAUCUGAGUUCCAGAUGGCUACAAUUUUUCCAAAGUGAUCGAGACCGCCGUGAUCUGGUAACCUGCGGGUGUGCAGCUGGAGUAGCUGCUGCUUUUAGAGCUCCAGUUGGUGGUGUAUUGUUUGCAUUGGAAGAGGUCACAUCUUGGUGGAGGAGUCAACUUAUGUGGCGUGUCUUUUUUACUUCUGCUAUUGUGGCAGUUGUGGUACGUAUUGCCAUGGGAUGGUGUAAGAGUGGAAAGUGUGGGCAUUUCGGCUCAGGGGGCUUUAUAAUAUGGGAUGUGUCGGAUGGUCAAGAGGACUAUUCUUUCGAGGAGUUACUUCCAAUGGCUUUUAUUGGAGUGAUUGGUGGUCUGCUUGGUGCUUUGUUCAACCAGCUCACUCUAUAUAUAACUUACUGGCGUCGAAACCAUUUACACAAGAAAGGGACCCGCGUUAAGAUAAUUGAAGCAUGCCUGAUCUCAUUCAUAACUUCCGCUAUUUCUUUUGGACUUCCACUCCUGAGAAAGUGUAGUCCCUGUCCAGAAUCUGAUACUGACUCUAAUAUUGAGUGUCCACGCCCUCCCGGCAUGUAUGGGAAUUACGUGAGCUUUUUCUGUGGCAAGGAGAAGGAAUAUAAUGACCUUGCAACAAUUUUCUUCAAUACUCAGGAUGAUGCCAUCAGGAAUCUGUUUAGUGCAAAGACAAUCCAUGAGUUCAGUGCACAAAGUUUAUUGACAUUUCUGGUUAUGUUUUACACGUUAGCAGUGGUGACUUUUGGUACAGCAGUUCCUGCUGGUCAGUUUGUGCCUGGAAUAAUGAUAGGGUCAACAUACGGACGCCUUGUUGGAAUGUUUGUUGUCAAUUUCUACAAGAAGCUCAACAUUGAGGAAGGGACGUAAGUUUUCCCCAACAAGUCUGGAUAUAUUCUCUUUACACUACAUUGUUAUGGUGUUCAAUUUAUAUACUUGCCAUAAACUUUAACUUCUAGGUAUUUUUCUUUUCACUUUUAAUGGACCCGACUUUGCUACAAAUUUUACUCUCUCAUAUUUUGUCGGUGAUGUUUCAUUUAUGCCUUGGUUUUAACUCGGUUGCUGGUAGGUAUGCUUUACUUGGAGCUGCUUCUUUCCUUGGAGGUUCAAUGAGGAUGACAGUCUCUUUAUGUGUCAUUAUGGUUGAGAUCACCAACAACUUGAAACUUCUGCCUCUUAUAAUGCUUGUGCUCCUUAUAUCAAAGGUACCUUUUUUGAACUAGUUUCCCAUGGUGACUUGAUGAAUGACGUGCCAACUUUUCCACAUCCCUCUCUCUCUCUCUCUGGCUGGGCAGGCUGUUGGUGAUGCUUUUAAUGAAGGCCUGUAUGAAGAACAGGCAAGAUUAAGGGGCAUUCCAUUACUGGAAUCUAAACCGAAAUACCAGAUGAGGACUAUGACCUCAAAGGAUGCUUGUGGAAACCAGAAGGUUGUUUCCCUUUCUCGUGUUGCUAAGGUUGCCGAUAUAGUUUCUAUUUUGCGUAGCAGUAAGCACAAUGGAUUUCCUGUUAUUGAUCAUAAAAGGAAUGGAGAGACGCUUGUAGUUGGGCUUAUGCUUCGCAGUCAUUUACUAGUACUUCUUCAGUCUAAGGUAGAUUUCCAGCACAGUCCGUUGCCCUUUGAUUCUAUGAGUGGAUCAGCACCAAUCAGUCACAAUUUCACUGAGUUUGUGAAACCUGUUUCAAGCAAAGGAAUUUCAAUAGAAGAUAUUCAUUUGAGUUCCGAUGACUCGGAAAUGUACAUAGAUCUUGCGCCCUUUUUGAACCCAUCUCCAUACGUCGUUCCAGAAGAUAUGUCUUUAACAAAAGUAUAUAGUCUCUUUCGUCAACUAGGAUUGCGGCAUUUAUUAGUUGUCCCUCGGCCUUCUCGCAUUGUUGGACUAAUUACAAGAAAGGAUUUAUUGAUUGAGGAUGGUGAGGAUACGGCCAAUGUGGAGCUCCAAUCAACUAGUAUUCCGUCGUCAUGACCCCAACGGUCCGAGCACAUCUGUCAGGAGUUUGGACGUGGAGCGACCACUUUUAAAUGGUCUUCUGGCUCAAGAUCGCCCCUCAAGUUGAAGUAGUCACCCUUUCCAUCCACACCAGAUUCUGAUCGCAUUUGGUGAUCCUUUCUUUCAUCCUCGACGGCCACAUUCUUUUCCCCUCUUCCACUCUGCUUUCUUCUUUUUCGGGUUUCAUCAGGUCGCAACUACUUGUUUUUCUUGAGCUUUCACGUCCCCUGCUUAUAAAUGUGCUUAGGUUAUAUAAAGGGGGAUCCUUUUGAUCCAAUAGUUCAUUGUUGCCCCAUAGAUGCGACAAAGGUCAAUUGCAUCCCCCGUGACAUGAACCGAACCACACCCGCAACUUAGACUCUGUUGUAACAUAUCCAAAGGCUUUGAAGCAAAAAGGAGGAAACAAUGAAGUUUCAUUCGGUCUUGAAAUUGCCUGCGUUGAAGUUUUCGACUUUGAUUUCCUGCAUGAAUGAUGUUUUAGUCAAAAUCAUUGUCUCUGGAACAGACUUUCUCAGAUGAUGGUCACUCUCGGCAAGUUGUGAUCAAAUGUAGGAAAUGUUAUUUCGUGUUAGGGAUGACAAUUUCGAC